ACGCCGACACCAUAAGACACAUCCUCGGCAUCCGCAACUUCGACCUGGGCAUCGUUUGUGUCGACGACCGCAGGAUCCGGCAGAUAAACCACAUGUACCGGAGGAAGGACCGACCCACGGACGUCCUCUCUUUCCCAUUUCAUGAGAGAUGAACUGAACCUAGGGGAUAUUUUCCUGGGUGUGGAGUUUAUUAUGAGACAGUGUCAGGAAGACUCCUCAGAUCUUCAUGGAACACUAACUGUGAUGAUUGCCCACGGUAUCUGCCACCUUCUUGGUUACCGACAUGAGACCGAGGAGGACUGGACUGAGAUGCUGCAGAAGGAAAGCUACAUCCUUGGCGAGUACAACAGAUUGACAGGGCAACAUUUGCUGCCGCUGACGAAGAGAUGCCACGAGGAUCUAUGAUACAUAUUUUUGAGUUGAAACCCAUGCAAGUCUCAAAAAUCUGAUUUUGUGCAGCGAUAAAGUGGAUUUCUUUCCGAACACAAAAUAAACAUAAUAUUUGUGUA